AUGCUUGCGCUCCAGCCCGUCAAUUUACGUCUGAAAUUCGAGGGCUCUUUACCAGGAUUCGUAGCAAUUUACAAAAUUCAAGGUGACCUGCAGUUGGUCUUUGUAGCAACAAGAAAGAUGAACGGUGUUUAUACUAAAGCUGCUCUGAAAUGUCCUCCUGAAGCGAAAACAUUGUCUUCAUUCGUGAACCACGAUGGGUACACUGAUCUUCUUGUUGGAGGGAAAGGGCUUUACCACUUCACAUCUACGGAGAUCAAGAAAAAGGAUGCCGGUGGGCGCUUGGUCAGCAGCAGCGGAGUGUUCUCAUCAGUCCAACAACUCCAUAUCACUCAAACCACUAAUGGUGUCUCGGUAUGGGCCGCUAACUCAGAGAACGGCAUCGGCUAUCUCACCGCUCAAUCCACGAUGGACGCUCCAUCAACACCUAUUCAGGUCAUUCCUGACACACAGGGUGGUAGAUUCUCGCCAUUCCGCUCAAGCAACAACCACCCGGAACAGUUCAUCGUCUCAGACAAGGAUGGAACGCUCACUCUACUCCAGUACGGCAGUGUCCAGCACCUCUGGGAUAAUACCCCUUUCUUUACCCCCGCGCUCUCCACUACUAUCGAGUUCCAAUCAUAUACCACACUCAUCACUCUGACGGGUGUCGACAAACGCCCAUUAAGAAACACUGUGGUUCUCCUAAAGAGCUCCGGUUUGACAAGGAUUAUUGCUAAUGGUUCUUCGGUCAUCACCGGACCUGAUCAUACUGUACCAGUCUCCACAGAUAUGUCAGGACAUAUCACCCUCAUUAGCCCGGCUAAUGGAGUAUCCUCAUAUAUAUACAAUAUUAUUGGGGUGACCAAGGGACCUUUGGAGGGAAAGUCUUGGGUAGUCGAUCCGACAGAGAAAGCCAAUAAGAUUCUGGAUGGCAUUCAUAGUGGCAGUGACCUAAUGAAUGCCACCUUAAAUUCUGGGGAAAAAUUGAUGGAUGGUACAAAGCUUACCCAGGACCAGAUUUGCCAGGCUGCCAAAGCCAUCGAGGCCAUAAAAACCUCCCGAAAGGAUAUUUUAAACAAGAGUCGGUCUAACGGAUCCUUACACUUUGAGAGUUUGGUGCAAUACUCCGCCUGUGAUCUAUCUUCCAGAUCUCUAGACCCAGUUGCAGAUCCUAUCUCCAGUUCGGACAACAAGGAGAAUGCUGUUGAGCAACCACAAUUUUCCGGUAAAGGCGGCUUCGUGGACAUGCUUUGGACAAUCCACAAGUUGGAGGAAGGUGCUGCAUUUAUCGUAGAGAUCGGCAAUAAAUUCUACCGAUGGGUACUAGACGGCGUGACUCAAGUCGGUAAGGUCUUAUCCUGGGUAUUGGAGAAGGUUCUAGGACUCGCCGAGAAAUUGAGGGAAUGGCUUGGCUUCCUAUUCGACUGGGAAUCUAUUAAGACCACCAAGAACUCCAUCGUUCAUCUCACAAACAGUGCAAUCGACUGCGGAGUCGGUUAUAUAGGCACACUUCAAGACAAGGUGGACAACUUCUUCACUGAAAUCGUAGCCAACUUGAAAGAUAUUUCUGGAAAAGAACAUCCGGAGGGAAUCACAAAUAUCACCACAAAGGAUGGCCCAGAAACCGAGAAGUCAGAUGAGAUUACUGCCAGUGCAAAAGCCAAUUGGUCGCAGUAUCAGUUGGUGCAUGGGGGCGGUCUAACCGCAUCUGUUAUUCAUGACGAAAAACCUAGAGAGAAGGCUACAUCCCUCGAAAUACUAUGGUCAGACGUUAUUAUUCCUGCCGGAGAAACCCUUCAAAGCCUGGUCUUAGAUCUUGCGUCUCUUAUCUGCCAGAUAUUUUCGGAGAAUAGCGAGUCGAUAUCAGUCGAGCAGAUCCUGAAGCAGUUAACAGGCGAUGUCCUUGCGAAUUUUGUUGAAGGGAUCCGCAAAGUAGUCGUCGGGAUUGUGGGGGUUAUAAAGACCCUUGUCGAGGAAUUUAAAGAUCUUAUCAAUGCUAAGAUCACGAUCCCAGUCUUUUCUGGCAUUUAUAAGACAUUCCUCAGCGGAAAGGAUCUCUCAGUACUUGACGCUAUCGCGUUGAUUCUCGCUAUUCCCAUCACAGUAUUACACAAACUCAUAACCGGACAAGCGCCUCCGGAUAUGAAAGAUUUACAAUACGCUAAGAUUGUCGACUCCUCUCUCAAGGAUGAACAACAACUUCUUAACUUCAAUCACUUCUGUAAUACUUCUGGCCUUGUGAGCGGGGGGAUCAUCGCCCUUCUGAACAGAUCUUCAAUAUUUGUUGACUCCGACGCUAUCGAUGCAGUAAAUAUUCCUUCAGCUGCUGGCCCCGGAGGUCUCGAUGCACUAUCCGUCUCUAGUAUUAGUGCAGUAGAUGCCUCCUUGAGCAGUUCAGUUUCAGGCCUUAGUGGAUUGGGCGACCCCUUCAAUAGUUCAAUGUCAGCCUCGGGUGUUGCAAGCACGGGUAGCUCUAGUAAGUCAGGUGGGGGCGAAUUUGGGGGAAGGUUUAUGGAAAUUGCGGGGCUCCUCUAUGGCGUUUUGAGCAUUCCCGAUUCUAGACUCCCGGCUUACACGCUCCGCUGGAUAUCCUGGGCGCUAUCUAUCGUGAACACGCUCAUAAAGAUGGUGGUUAAGCGUAUUACAUCAGCAGCCAAGUUCUUUUUAAAGAAGGUUCUGGCAGUUAUUGAAGCUGUUCUAUCCAGCAUCAACUUUGGUCUUCUUCUCGCUAUCAAGAUAAUAGAGUUUAAUACUGAUAGCUUCCCCGGAAAAAACAACGUACACCAAGGUUUCAAGCUCCUUAGUAGUGCAUGCGAUCUAGGGGCCACCCUGGAUCCCGCACUAAAGACCAAAGCCCUAGCCGCAUCCACAUUCGCAACGGCGCUGUGGUAUAGUAUUGAGGGUGGUUUGGUGGUCAGUAAACUGGCUCACGGGGAGUAUAACGAGAUAAUUGCGAAAAUCCAAUGA